GAUUGUUUAGUUUAUUUAACGAUAUAAUAAUUGUUUCCACUUCGUUGGAGGAACACAAAGUAUCGAAAUAAGUCCGAUAAACGCGAAAAAAUAUCUGAUAUUCAAAACCGUAUUAAUGUAAAUCCCAACGAAUUUUUAAUACCACCAUUUAAGUAUACAUUUUACAAAACAUUCGACAUUCGACAACCUACUGGACGAAGCCAAAGAAUUUCAACACAUUGUCCAAAUCCAAUAUUUAGUUUGUAGAAAUAAGAACUGAGUAAGCAACUACUACUAAACAUGGUCAAAGUAAUUUUAAGUUAUUUAGUUAAGUUAUAUUUUAAUGUGUGUGAAGCCCUGGAUAUAUUUUGUGUGUGUCAUCCCUGGUUUGUAAAAGUAUCGAUGUGUUUUGAAUCCCUAAAAAAAGAAGUCGCACGAAGAAGAGAGCGAGGCAUUCGAAAAAGCUUGACCGGUGCGAUCAAAAGAAAAAGCUGAAUAAAAGGAAAAUAUCUGUUAACAUGGCUUCACGCAUAAAUCUCCGCGAACUCAAAUUAAUGGAAAUCAAAAGUUUCUGUGAAAAACUUGGCUUGUCCGCAAAGGGAAACAAAGCCGCACUAAUUGCGCAGUUAAGUGCUGUACUACCGUCUGAAAUUGCUCCGGAGUUGUACUACGAAAAGGUGGAGUCUACGAAAGGUGGAGGCGAAAUUGGUGUUGAGAUGGAUGUCGCCAAUGCAACCAACAACAACAACGAAGAACAAGUCGGCGAGAUGGAUUUCGCCAAUGCAGCCAACAACAACAACGAAGAACAAGCGAGGAAGAAGAAGAAGACGUUUUCGGCAACGAACUUAAACUUGUCGAGACAGUUGAUCGUGGUGGCGUUCAACUUCCAGGAACCGGCGUUCAACCGAGUACUUCAGCCUUUGGCGGUCAACGUAGUCCAGCUAGCAAUAUACGGGCCGAAUCGGGUGGCAACGCUGCGGGAAUGGAACAGGCGAUGCAAAAUUUACGUUUCGAAAGUGUGGACCGUCUUUCCAAGCCCGAAAUGAACUGGAACACCGUGAAAGAGCUACUCCCAGAAUUCAACGGCGAUGGCAACAUAAACGAAUGGUUGCUGGUGGUAAAAAAAGUUCUUGAUGUGUUCAGUGAUGACGUCAUGCGUCUAUUAAUUUGCUCACGCUGAAUGGGCAAGGCUAAUUUUUGGCUGUUAUCUUGCCCAUCACUGUUGUCUGGGAGUAUCGACUUGAUUCUGGCAUAACUAAAAAUUAUUUUUGGAACCAAGGAUAACGUCCUGCAAAUGAGACGCAAGUUUGAAAACCGCCAGUGGAAAUUCGGUGAGAAGUUUGCCAACUACUACUUUGACAAACUUACUCUGGCAGAAGACAUCGCUAUGAGUGUUCACGAACUAGUGCAGUACUUGAUAGAUGUACAUACAAAAUGUACAACUUAAAAACUAAGCGAAACUACUACGUUUUGCAGUGCCUGCUGAUGUAUUGGAAGCCUUUCAAGAUGUAGAGAAACCCAGAGCUCCGGUACAUCAAAAUAGGAUGCAAGGAAAGUCUUUAUCAAAUGCUGCGAACCCGGAACAGAGGGUCAUCAAAUGCUUUAACUGCCACAGUCUUGGCCAUCUGGCGAAGGAAUGCCGCAAGUCAGUACGGGUUGAUGGAGCUUGCUAUGCCUGUGGAGAAAUUGGACACUUGGCUAGAGAGUGUUUAUUGUACAAGAAGAAAGAAACUGGCAACGAAUAUGUAAGACAUUUUAGAGUUCAAUUUAAAAAUACGAUACAUAAUUCAAAUAAAUUUUAUUCCAUAGAGUGCCUCAUAGAUUCGGGAAGCCCCGUCUCAUUUCUAAAGAAGUCAGUAGUUCCCAGUAAAGUAAGCAUUGAUAUGAAUAAGUUGAAUAAUACCUUCUUCGGAAUAAACAAAAGUAAACUAAAUGUAAUUGGAAAAACAGUUUGUCUAAUUAAAAGUUCAAAAACGUAUUGAUUGAA